UACAUAUUUAAUACACGAGGUUGGCAUAAACAAGUCCAACAAAAACCAUUUUAAAAAGCAUACUACCAAUCAAAAACUCAUUAAAGACAGACCCUUCUCAUCUAACAAUUCAUCUACUAUCCUCUCCAUUCUCAAUUCAUCAUCUCACCUUCCUUAGACUAAUCAUCGGACACAAGAAGAAGAAUGGGUGGGAUGUGCAUGUCUGCGGCUUGUGGUGGUGGGGGUGACGACAGUAGUUCGAGUUUACUAACACAUCUCCUCAUCAUGCUAGUCGUCUGUCUCUCUCUCAUGGCCGUCUGCACCUCCAACGAACGCCGUACUGCCGUUCGCGUCGUCCGGUGCCGUUGACCAACCUUCAACAAGUAUACCAUCUAUAUAUCAGAUCACAAGCACAAAAAAAGAUUUCUUCUUUUAUACGUACAUGUAUGUUUGGUUCUUGAUUAGUGAUCACUAAUGAAUAAGUUGUUUUGGUUCUUAAUCAGUAAUGAAUCAAGGUAAAUUGUUUUAAACU